AUGUAUAGCCCGGAUGUGUGCCUGUUUCAGGAGCCAGACACGGAUACGAGCCAUGAGGGAGCGACGUCAAAGGAUGAAGAUGAAGAUGAAGAUGAAGAUGGAGGUGAAAAGGGCGAAGCCAGCGCUCAGAUGAACCGGAGAAGGGGCCGGAGAAAGACACAGAGAAAGGCGCAGCUAUUCGACGAACGACUCGCAAACCAGGGAAAACAGGAGAGAGAAGCAGAGAAACAACCGGGUCAAGGCCCAGGGUUCUCGGCCGACUUGGCCGGCAUUGGCCGCCGACCGUGGGAUGACUCAAUGUGUUUCCUGGAUGAAAGAGACGAGAAGGAGGGAGGGAAAAGCACCCUCGGUGGUACAGCAGCAGUUAAGCAACUGCACGCUGCGAUGAGAUGUACAACCAUGGACGACAGACGAGGGACCAGACAAGAGGCAGCGUCCUGA